AUGAAGAACGAGCCACCGUCUCUGGUUCCAUCACUUCGCGACGACAUUGUCCUUGACAUCUUAGCGCGUGUACCAAGAUGUUACUAUCCAACUCUCUCCCUAGUGUCUACGCACUUCCGAUCACUCGUUGUGUCCCCUGAGUUAUACUCGAGAAGAUCUUUGUUGAGUUGCAACGAAAACUGUUUGUACGUUUUAGUCAACAGUGAGGGGAUCCCUAGUGACCGUUUGUAUACUCUUCACCACAAAGCGUUGGUCCAUAUCUCUUCUCUUUCGGAUAUACCUAUCUGUGAAAGCUUUGUGGCCGUGGGUUCGAGGAUAUACAUGUUUGGUGAUUACAGUGGUGACGUCUCAUCGAUUGCGUUUAGCAUUGAUUGUAGAUCUCACACGUUGCAACGCCUCCCCAACAUCCCUACACCCUUGGAGUUAACAGUUGCUGGCGUUAUAGACGGUAAAAUUUACGUUGUUGGACAGUGCCGUACGAAGUCAACGGUGAUGAUGGUUUUCGAUACGAAAACACAUAUGUGGGAGGAGGGGCCUGGAUUAAUAAAGCCAGACAUUUCGUCAGAGGAAUGGGAGAUUUCUUGUACGGUGGUGGUGAUGGCUGAAAAGAUUUACAUUAGGUGUGGUCAUGAUAGCUUUGUCUACGUGCCAAAGGAAAGUAAAUGGGAAACGGAUGAGAUGCUGGAUUCUAAGGACUGGGAUGGUGGUAGUCAAUGCGUUGUUGAUGACGUGUUGUACUACUACGAUGAUCAUGAGGAAUGUUUGAGAGCGUAUGAUCCUAAGCAGAAGUGCUGGGGAGUGGUGAAAGGUUUGGAAGGGUUGUUGGCUGAGAUGGGACGUCUAUAUUGGUCAAAAACUGCGUGUUUCGGUCGGAAACUGGCUUUGUAUUUUCGUAAAACAGGAGAAGAACCAAGUAAGAUGUGGUGCGCUGAGAUUUCGCUGGAGAAACGUCAAGGAGGAGAGAUUUGGGGUACAAUUGAGUGGUGUGAUCAAGUUAUAGAUGCUGCUGGGCCAUUUGAUUUUAGAGUUUUUGUAUCUGUUAUGGUUUAA